AUGCUCUCCCGUGUUGCUGCAGUGAAGGCACCCCGCACACACAACCGUCGCCGCGUGACCGGAUCCAGCGGAAGGAGGAGGGAAGGAAGAGAGAGUGAGUCGCAGAGGCCCAACAUGUCGCGGCGUGUGUUUACUUCCGCGGUGCUGCUCCUCCUUUUCGUGUUGAUGUGCGCCGCCGCGGGGUCUGUACAAGCCCAAAACUAUGGAACAAGAGUGGACGAUUCCUAUGGAAGACACAGUUUGGAGCAGUCGCCAAGGGAGUAUCCAGUCGCAAACACAGCGGCCGCUGGCCACAUUUUCCGCAAUCCCCAUCUUGUGAAUGUGGACGGGAUGCUGCUGGCCAUUGUUGGAGCCCAGUUCAAUGGAUCUGUGGGGAGCGGGAGUGCGUCCAUGCAGUUGACGGCACGGAUCAGCGUUGAUGGUGGGAGGACGUGGCGGCCGUACGCGGGGCCAGAAGAUCUUGACUUUUUUGCUGCACACCUUCACCAGAUGUUGUUUACCACGCCUUUCAGACUCUUCGGACCGCUUUUUGCUUUUGUGGAGGGCUACGACUUACGGAACGGGGCCAGAAUUCGGUUUACCGAUGAGUGGGGAGGAAGUGGUGUGGAGUCUGUUAUUCAUUUUCUGGAGACGGGGCCUAGACGAAGCGGAGGUUUUUCGAUGAAUUCCGUCUCUAUGAGCAUUCGCCUUCCUUAUCCCUAUAAAUCCGACGAAUUGAUUGGCUUCCUCAACGAUGCCAGUACUCCCAUCACGAAAAUGACGGAUGGCACGCUCGUGUUUCCCGUGCAGUUUCUGACAAUGGGAGGGAACACUGCGUCCACAAUCAUGUACAUGAAUUUCACUCAACAGCGCUGGACCUUUGCAAAAAGCGCGACACAUGCGGGCUGCACCAACCCCAGUAUCCUUGAAUGGGAGGCUGGGAAAAUCAUCAUGAUCACUUCAUGUGAGUACGGUCGCAGAAGGGUGUACGAGUCGACUGACAAGGGGAACACGUGGACGGAGGCUCUGGGGACGCUCUCGCGCGUGUGGAGCAACUCAUUGGCAGGUCUUGGGCUCCACAUUCAGAGUGGAUUCAUCACUGCAACUAUUGGUGGAAAGAAGGUGAUCCUCCUCACCCAGCUGGAAUAUUUCGGGGACAAAGAAAGGAGCGAGAUUCACCUGUGGCUAACGGACACGAACCGCAUUUACCACGUUGGCCUGUUACCCACUGGGUAUGGCGCGACCUCCAGCUCUCUUUUUUACGCGAAUGAUAAGCUGUAUUGUUUGUACGAGGCCGGUGUUGGAAGCAGCUCCGGAGCCUUCUUCCUGGAUCUGGCUUCCGAGCUGCACUGGAUAAGGCAUGCGCUGGAUACUUGGGCCGCGAAGGACAAUGCCUUGAGACAAUGCAGCUCAAUUGCCUCAGGCGCCGCGCUGUCAAGAGGGAACUGUUCUGUUCCUAUCCCCACGACUGGGCUUGUGGGCCAUUUGGCCGAUAGGCUCCGUGGGGACAAGUGGGAGGACGAGUACCUUGGGGUGAAUGCCGUUGUGAGGGGUGCGGCGAAAAAGGCUCCCAGUGGGUGGACGUUUGAAGGGCAAGGCGCGGGGGCCGAGUGGCCCGUGGACAAGCAGUGGCCGACCAGACCGUUCCACUUUGCAAACUAUGGGUUUACUCUUGCGGCAACGGUGUCGAUUCACGAGGUGCCGAAGGGCAUCACUCCCCUGAUGGGCCUGAAGAAAAUGGGGAAGACAACACUCCUGGGACUGUCGUACGAUAAUAAUAUGGAGUGGAGCGUGGUGCACGGGCCGUACCAGAGUUAUUUUGCUAAAUGGGAGCUGGACAAGACGUAUCACGUGGUGCUCAAAAUGCAUGACGGUGUGGGCUCCGUGUACGUUGACGGGACUCCCCUUUGGAAUAUGAGGCUGAGAAAUUCGUUCAAUGAAGGGCUGGACGCGGUCUCACACUUUUACUUUGGCGCGUACGAUGAGCAGUUGAGCAGCGGGAAAAUCCAUGCGACGGUGGCGAACGUCUUUCUGUACAACCGCCCGUUGAAUGAAACUGAGAUUGGCGCCCUCAACGCGAAUAAAGUCACCAUUCCACCUCCGGAAAGGAAGUCGGCGAAAGCGGCGGCAGCUACUUCCCCGCCCGUUGAACCCGUAACCACUUCGGUUGCCACGGAGGCGCAGGCAACUGCGCCAGCGUCUACUACUGCCGCGUCGACAACUACUUCCCCGUCCGUUGAACCCGUAACCACUUCGGUUGCCAAAAAUACGCAGGCAACUGUUCCAGCGCCCACUCCUGUCGCACCACAGCUGACGGAACAAGCAACCUCGAACGGGAGCAGUGACCCGAGCGGUGGCGAUGCAUCCACACCAGCGGUGCCCAAUACCACGACACCCGCAGCAGGGGAGAGGAGCGCAGACCAGUCGGCAUCUGUUGCAUCUUCAAGUGCCGCCAACUCGGAGGAUGACACUUCCUUGUCUGAUGAUGCACAAACGGUGGGGAAAGAAGUUGCCGAUAACAAGCAGGGAGAUCAACCAACCCAAGUCUCUGUGGGCGUCUCCGACGCAGCAAAUCCAAAAUCACAUACCGCUGAAAGCAGGGGGCAAGAAGAGCCUGCAGUAGAAACUGAGGGGGGCGUGAGCUCUGAUGAGAAUGGGGAGACGACGGGAGGAGCUGAUGGACAAGAGGAAGAUAUCCAGCCACAGGAAGGGGAAGCAAAGGCUGCGGCACUCGGCCUCGCACUAAAAAGCAGUCUUGGAAAUUCGUCGCAGCGGGAUGACAGCGUUGCUGGUACCAUGCGUGAGAGCAGGGUGCUGCUGCCGCUGCUUCUUCUGCUGUUGGGACUCUGCGGGUUUGCGGCUUUGUGA